AUGGAAACGUCCCGCGGCGCCAUUCAAGCCGAGCUGGCUAACAGCGAGCGCCGAUUGACCGAGUUCGAGGAUGUGGUGCGCUCGAAGGAACGAGCCGCGGCUCAGGCCUCCGACGACUGGCAGCGCGACUUCCGUCGUCUCGAAGAUGCACGCCAGGCUUUGGAGGCCAAAGUGAGUUUCGCGCCAGACAUGCGCUUUCACUUUUAG